CACCAAAGGCGCAAGCAGAUUUUUUUCCCCUCAAUGUACCGCACCCAUUUAUAUAAAUCACCCAAAUUUGAAUCUCACAUAAAAAUUUUAAUUCCAUGUGUAAACUGUCUAAACAUUUUUGAUCAUCAUCUCUCGACCUCUUCUCAUACAAGUAGCUAAUUACAUGGAUGAACUGUUAACACUGAUUUAAUCAUCAUCUCUCAACCUCUAUGACACUGUCUGAACACAAUCACCUUUCCACAGGUACAUGGAUUAAUUGACAUAUACCAGCAAGGAGUUGGCAGUUAUUUUGAAGUACAUUAUCAGAAUAAAGAGAAUGAAGGCGAUUAAUAUUUAAUCAUCACUUGCGUGCACGUAUCUACAAUUGCCAGCUGUCUGAACACUCCCUGUAAACAUGAUCUGCUGCACCACGAAUAAACCGUCUAAACACACUGCCCUCGGGAGACUUGUCUUGCAGACUGUGCACACAUUAACAUCAAGCCUCCUUCUUGAAUUAUAGGGAUUCUAUCUUUUUAUAUCUGGCAAUCGUAGAGUAGACCGUUUGACGGUCAAAAUAUGGGAUGUUUGUGCAAUAUGGUCAGGAAUGGACAAUGAAAAAGAGUUCCACACAAUGGAGUUUGUUGACUUCAUACGCAUCCCAAAGGUGGAUGACGUUGUUCUCCAUCGCCAUGGUUACAAGUCGGUAUGCGGUACACUCUGUCUCACUGGACACCACAUGAUACUUUCAUCUCGGCAAACAAACUCAGAAGAAUUAUGGCUCCUUCAUAACAAUGUGGACAGCUUGGAGAAGAAGUUUGUGGGUUGCACCGGUCAGCUGACGGUCAAAUGCAAGGACUUUGGCAUCAUCAGACUGGACAUCGUUGGGAUGGAUGAAUGCCUAAAGGUAGCCGAGACUAUUGAAUCUCUCUCUAGUCUUGAGCCAGUGACAUUAACUUAUCCGUUCUUCUACCGAAGUACGUUUGAUGAACUGGAGGACGGGUGGCAUGCCUUCUUACCGGAGAACGAGUUUGCGAGGCUCGCAAGUGAUGACUGGAGAAUCAGUUACGUGAAUAAGAACUUUCAGAUCUGUCCGAGCUAUCCUCCCGCUGUGAUAGUGCCCAAGUCUAUAGACGAUGAUGCGUUGGUGCAAUCGGCCGCAUUCCGUUCUGGAGGUAGAUUUCCUGUUCUUAGCUACAUGCAUACUGCCCAGAAAAUAGAACCCAAAGCAAGUAGAGGAGUUAAGACGGUUAUCCUACGAAGCAGUCAGCCACUGACCGGGACCAACACCAAACGAUGCAAGGACGACGAGAGACUAUUAAAUGCUGCCCUCAGUGUUGGAAAGAGGGGAUAUAUCAUCGAUACAAGGUCAUUGAAUGGAGCUAUGGCCGCAAGAACCAAAGGUGGGGGUUUUGAGACAGAAGUGAAUUAUCCCCAAUGGAGGCGUGUCAACAAGCCUCUUGAUAAACCCAGUAUCCUACAAGAAUCUCUCUGUAAACUACUUGAAGCAUGCAUGGACAACGGAUGCUCUGCCGACAAAUGGAUCAGUCGUCUUACAAACUGCGGUUGGUUACACCAUGUUAAGGAGACGCUCACCGCAGCCUGCUUAGUUGCACAGUGUGUUGAUAGAGAGAAUUCUGCUGUUCUUGUUCAUGGGUCAGAAGGUCUGGAUGCGAGUCUACAGGUGACCUCAUUGGCUCAGGUUAUUCUCGAUUUAGACUGCAGAACAGUGAGGGGCUUUGAAGCUCUUAUCGAGAGAGAAUGGAUCCAAGCUGGCCAUCCGUUCCUCAGCAGAUGUUCCAAGUCAGUCUUCUCUCAGAGCAAGAACAAAUACGCUGGUCCGGUGUUUCUUCUCUUCUUAGACUGUGUCUGGCAGAUAUUCCAACAAUUCCCCUGCUCCUUUGAGUUCAAUGAGAAAUUCCUCAUCAUGCUGUUUGAGAAUGCAUACGCAAGCCAGUUCGGUACAUUUUUGUGCAAUAAUGAGAAUGAGAGAAGGAUGGCUAGAGUAUCUGAGAAAACAGUUUCUCUUUGGACAUACAUCAACCGUCCUCAGAUUCUCCAGACAUUCUUCAAUCCCCUCUACCAACCCAAUCAGCAGGUCAUCUGGCCUUCGGUUGCCCCACAGAGCCUAGCGCUAUGGUCAAGCCUUUACAUGAGAUGGACGUUGAGUGAUACAGUGACCAGUAUACCUACACAGGUCAUCAGAGAUAUUAAACAGAGUGAUAAAGAACUCAGGUUAAAGGUCAACGAACUAAGAAGGCAAUUGGCAGAUCUUCAGAAGGAAGCCUUAGAGAAAGGUUUGAUCAGCGAUUGAAUGCCAGCCAAGUACUGUACAUUCCUUUGUUUUGUUUCUCACGAGGUCUAGUUGAAUCAGUCCAUUGUGAUGUCACAAAAAUAGUAGACUUGUCUAUUUGCUCAUGGGCAAUUCUUUUGAAGUAUGUACAUCAAACCCGCUAUAUGCAGGACGUUCUUUAAAUUAUACAUCCUAUUUUGUGCUUCAUACAAAAAGGGCCCCUGUCGUACAAAGAGUUACCUUUGAUCCAAUCAAUAACAACUGUGAAAAGCCAGCAACACCAACAUCUAAGAUACAUCAUGCAAAUUUUACCAGUAUUUCCAGUGCAUCUGUUGGUUGUUCAGAGGGACCAUUAGGUCACAGUGAUUAAGUUUGCUCUCCUCUUCCCUGGCCACCAACUGAUGCACUGGACAAACUGCUAUCAAAUAUUGCACGUACCUGUAUAAUUUUUAUGUCAUUUUAUGUAACGUUUGAUAUUGCUUUGUAAAUCUUAAAUAUGUUUGAAGUGCCGAAUAAAUAAUAAAUAAAUAAACAUAUGUGAUCAAAAUAUUU